GAGGAAGAGGAGAUGGAAGAAGAGGAUGCUGAAAGUGAGGGUCCAGGACAGUAUGUCGCUGUUGGUUCUUAUGGGACUUCCCCAGAAGGAAUUGCAGGAUACCUGAACUCCCAUAAACCUCUGGGGCCCUGGAGAAUUUGACCCUUACAUUGAUGUAUAUGCAGUCAAAAGCUCUGAUAGUGCUCCACAGAAAGAGGUCUAUUUCAUGGGACUCAUUGAUAUUUUAACACAGUAUGAUACCAAGAAGAAAGCCGCUCAUGCAGCUAAAACCGUGAAGCAUGGGGCUGGAGCUGAGAUAUCUACUGUUCAUCCA